AUGGCUGCCGCGGUUACUCGAAAGUGCAUCGGUGUCGACUGUGCCAAUGAUGCCGGCACCCUGCAGUGUCCCACUUGUCUGAAGGCGGGGACGGACAGUUUCUUCUGCUCGCAGGAUUGUUUCAAGCGAAGCUGGAGUGACCACAAGACUAUCCAUAAAAAGAGUAAUAUCCUCUCCAACCUACGCAUUCCGAAGGUAGUUUCUGAACCUGAUCCAGCUACCGGCCUCUUCAACCCCUUCCCGUCCUUCCAGUACACCGGCUCUCUCCGGCCAGUGUAUCCUCUGUCUCCCCGUCGUACCGUCCCCAAGUCUAUUCCGUACCCCGACUACGCCGGAGAUGGUAUCCCUCGCUCCGAACAGCGCCUGUUUGGCCAGCACAGCAUCAAGAUCUUGAACAAGGAAGAACAGGAAGGUAUGCGCCGGGUUUGCCGCCUGGCUCGUGAGGUUCUCGACCUUGCGGCGGCUGCUGUCAAGCCCGGUGUCACAACCGACUACAUCGACGAAGUUGUGCACAAGGCCUGUAUUGAACGCGAGUCGUACCCUUCUCCCUUGAACUACAUGCACUUCCCCAAGUCAGUGUGUACCUCGGUCAACGAGACGAUUUGCCACGGUAUUCCCGACCAACGCCCCCUCGAGGAUGGAGACAUUGUGAACAUCGAUGUGACUCUCUACCACAAGGGUUUCCACGGUGACAUCAACGAAACCUAUUACGUCGGCGACAAGGCGCUCGCAAACCCCGAUGCUGUCCGCGUGGUCGAGACCUCCCGCGAGUGUCUUGACAAAUCGAUCGAACUCGUGAAGCCCGGUAUGCUUUUCCGCGACCCCGGAAACGUCAUCGAGAAGCACGCCAAGAGCCGCAACUGCAGUGUUGUCAAGACCUACUGUGGCCACGGUAUCAACCAACUUUUCCAUUGUGCGCCUAACGUGCCACACUACGGCAAGAACAAGGCCGUGGGCACUGCUAAGCCUGGCAUGUGCUUCACUAUCGAGCCUAUGAUCAACAUCGGUACUCACCGCGACCGCACCUGGCCCGAUGACUGGACCAGCACUACUCAAGAUGGGUCCCUCUCAGCGCAAUUUGAGCAUACCCUCUUGGUAACCGAAGAUGGAGUAGAGGUUCUCACGGCUCGCCUGCCAACCUCUCCAGGUGGGCCAGUGCCGAUGCCCGUAUCAGCAUAA